AUCAAUCAUCAACAGUAUGUGAUGAAAGUUAUUUAACAGCAUUUAUUAAUAAUAUUAAAUUAACCUUGCAGUUAGGAAAUGACAUGCCACUAAUAUAAAUAUCUUGAAAUAUCCACGUCAUUGUUUGAUUCAUGAAGGAAUCCCGUCACCACAUUUCCCGAAUAAUCUAAAAAUACAACCUUAUUUCAUCCGUAUUUCAUCGAAAGAACACUUGCCGCAGGUAAUGAUUUUUUUCCCUCAGACAACCAGAGGAUGGAAGGCAUUGCCAUAAAGUGGGUGGGCACAUUCUGACUUUAUCCCUAAAACUAUAAGUGUGGAAACGAUCUUGUCCAUGCGGACUUUCGCGAGACUUAUGCGUGUGCUGAAUAUGCCUCCACCGACAGCAAUGAAAUUACAGAUGCUCUUUGCCGUGUCUUUUGCCUGGGCCUACCAUGAAAUACCCAAAUACCAGCACCAGGACCCUCUGACCUCUGAGAUUCUGCUUUGUGAUCAAUGCCCACCCGGCACGGCCGUGGAGCGCCACUGCACCGCAAUGGAGCCCACCGUCUGCGUCCCCUGCCCCGAGAAACGGUUUGCGGAACAGUGGCACUGGGGAGACAGCUGUCAACACUGCACAUCUGUCUGCAAGGAAAGACAAAUCGUGAGAAGAGAGUGUAAUAGCACUCACAACCGGGUCUGUGAGUGUAAACCCGGGUACCACCUGGUGGUGGAGUUUUGUGUCCGACACACUGCCUGUCGGCCUGGAUUUGGGGUCGCCGUGCAGGGCACCCCAGACGGAGACACUGUGUGUGAGAGGUGCCCACCAGGUUAUUUCUCCAGCACAUCCUCAUCUACAGAACCCUGCGUGCCACACAGGGACUGCAGUCAACUGGGACUGAAAACCUUCAGAUCAGGAACGGCCACUCAGGACACUCUGUGUGAGACGGACAGUAAAGAGUUUGACUGCUCACAUCAACACAUAGAGUGUAACACAGACAUCACACUGUGUGAAGAGGCCAUAUUUCAGUUUGUUGCGUCACCUCCGCUGGCCUCCAUUUCAGUGGAGCGUCUGUCCGAGAGUCUUCCAGGACGUAAGGUGGACUGGAAGAACGUUGAGAGGCUGAAGAAAAGCUGUAGUCCUCAGCAGCAGACACUGCACCUGCUCCGCCUCUGGAGAGAACAAAAUAAGGACCAGGACAAGCUCAAUAGCAUCAUUCAAGGUGUGAACCACUGCGAGAGGAAAGUAUCUCGCUGUGCCAGCAUCAAAAACCUCACUCUGGAAGACCUGUUGAUGUUGAUGGAUAGUUUAGCUGGAGAAAAAGUGAGCGAGGAGGACGUACGGGCCGUGGUCCGUUCCUGUCCCUCUCAACGCUACAUCCUACAGCUCCUCCACUUGUGGAAGGUUCAGAACAGAGGUCAGGACCUGGCCAAGGCUCUAGCUCAGAGCCUGCGCAAACUCCGCUCGAAAGGCGCCCGUCGACCACUCCUCAAAACUCUGAAGAGGAUGAGUCGCAUCAUCAGCGCGUCAUCCAUGCACCGCAUGUAUGAGAAGAUGAUCGUGAGCAUGAUCCAGGAUGGUACGUGCUUCAAAACCAAACCCUACAAUGACUAAUGAUGCCAUAUUGAAAGACGACUGAAAGAGGAGUUAUUUAAAUGGGAAAAGUUGUAUAUAAUUUCCAUUAUGGGCUGAGAGGGGAGAGUUGGGGUGACUGGUUUUGUUGUAAAGAUGCUCGUUUCGUUUUUGUAUUGGACUGAAACACUAAGAGUCAGAGACAAGUCCUGGGAUGUCAGAUGAAAAUCUCUAUUAAUGCAGGACUUGGCUUGACUUGUCUUUUCUUUGAAGCGGAAUCUAUGCUCCAUUGAAGCUGUAAAUAAAGGAUGUUGGUUCUGAAUGUAUAAUACAAUGAAGAGCAUUUAUGUUUUAUUUAACUGUAAUUAUAUAUUGUCAGGGGUGGUUUUAAUCAAAAUUUGAAAAUGAAAAAACAUUAUUUAUCAAUUUGUCAAGAAACUGGACUCUAGAACUGCAGUAAAUCAUUUGUCUUUAUUUUAAAUAUAUUUGUGACUGUUUAAAUCUAUAUUGAUUUGUACUACGCUACAACAUAUUUACAGAUAUAUUUUAAGAAAAAGACAUCUUUUCACACGUGCCAUUGUAAUUGAAGCAUGACACGGUCAGGAUGUAAUGAAGUCUCACAUAUGGAUUUAUUUUAAAGGCUGUUGUUUAGACGUUGCAGGGCUGGAUUAUGGACUGUGUCAGUUCUUCAAACUGCCUGACCCUUAUCGUACAGUAAGACCUGAUCACUAGACUAUUUUAGUCAACUAGUUUUAGCCUACAAAAAUAAUAAAACUGCCAAAACUAGGAUAUAGGUUAAGUGGCCCCCGUCCAUGAUCCAUCCCUGAGAACUUACACAUUAUAUUUUUUUUAUUUAAAUAAAUUUUGUGCUGAAUCCUGGGGCCUCAUUUAUAGAAUGUUGCGUAGAAACCGUCCUAAAUUUAUUAAAUUACGUCUGCUCAGACCCUGACAUGGCGCUAUGCACUUUUCCACGUCAAAGACCUUUUUUUAUAAAUAUGAACGUUGCCGUGGAUUUUUGUUUUAUAAAGGAGGCCCCUGUAGUCAAGCAAGUUAGUAUUGUAAUCUUGAAGCUCUUUAACACCCCAAGAUGUACUUAUCGUUUGAUACUCCUGUUUCUUCCUCUAAUACAUGUAUGAUAUUUAUACAUAUCUUUGUGCUGCCAGUGUAAAUUUGCUGAUUUGUUUUUUUAAUGAAACUUUUGUAUUAAUCACUAAAUCCUGUUGGUUAGACGUAUUAUUUGUCUGGUUAUGAUCACACGGCAUUCAUGCAGCAUGAGUAGACAUACACGAGAGUGUGACAGCUUCACCAAAUAUGGCUGGAAAUGUGAUGACUAAAGAUAAAAGCGAUUCCUUGAGCAUUUGUACUAUGUAAACACCCCAUGCAUUACUGGAGGUAAUUAUUUAGCAGAAUAAGAGUGGCAUGACGUACAGGAGGAAAUAACGUGACGACAGAAGACAGCUUGUUUCUGUUUGACAGGUUUUGGUGUUUACACUUAUGUCAUCUGUUGCUCUUUGUAAAGCAAAGAUGUAAUGGGAAAUGUGUAGGGGUAGGUGGGGAUCCCAAAGUUUCCUUGUUUGGUUGACUGAUGAGUGUGUUUUAGAAAUUAUGAAAAUACAUCAAAUAUUUUAAGAUUAUCUUGGGAUCUCAAUAAUAAUAAUAAUAAAUAGAAACCAUUAUUAUUAAUAUAGAGUUUUUACUUUCAGUUUUUAUUUAGUUUUUUAGUGUUUUAGUUUCAGUUUCAGUUUGUCAGUUACAUUUAAUUUCUAUUUUGGUUUUCCAUUUCUUUAAGGCUGCCAAGUGACAAUAAUAGUUCAUUCAAACACUAAGAAAAAAAAGUAAAAAAUGUACCCUUAGGGGUUUCUCUUUGUACCUCUAUAGGUACAAAACAUAAAAUGUUGUAUCUUGUGGACCUAUUAUGUACCUUUAAUAGUACGGUUAAAUGUUUUGUACCCCAGGAAAACAUUUUUACCUUUUGUUUCUCUUACAGUGAAUAGGCCUAAUAAAAAUCAUCUUGAUAUUUCCAAAUAUCACAUAUAUCCAUCAACAAAGUAAUCAAAAUGACUCCAGUGGGUUAAUAAAUGUCAUCUAAAGCAAAACCAUAUUUUUUACAGAAAUGCCAUGUGAAUUUCACAUGUUUUUCAUGUGAUCUCAUGUGAAAUGUGGUUUUGGAACACGCUCAUGUGAAACCUGUCUAAAUUUCCAUAGAUAUCAUGUCCCUAAAGGGCUGGAUCUUUCCAUGACCAAACUUAUUACAACAAUUCAGUCAGACAUUUCAAGAGAUGAUGGCUGAAUGCUUAUUGUGGAUGUUUUAGUAAAUGAUGACUACUUCAGAGAAGUUGAGCUCUCUCACAUUACGAUUACCAUUAGUUCCAGUUUCAGUAACAUUUACAACUGGGAAGUUAAAUGACCUUUAAUUUAUCAACAUAGGGUUGGGUACAUGUAUUUCUGUUUAUCUUACAUGAUAACAUCUUUACGCCAUAGUCAAUUUAUAGUGGAGUAUGAGAAACUGAAUUUUUUGUAUUAAAACAGCGUUGUGUCAAAAUGUCAUUAACCCAAAAGAGCAUAGACACAUUUGUCCCUAAAAGAAAAAAAUGAGAGCUGUCAAACCAUUAAUCACGAUUAAUCGCAUCAAGAAUAAAUGUUUGUGUUUACAUCAUAUAUGUCUGUGUACUGUGCAUAUUAAUUUUGUAUUUAUAAACACAUACUGUACAUGUAUACACAUUUAGGAAAUAUUUACAUUGUAUUUGUUUAUAUUGAUCAAUAAUUUAAAUGAUAAAUAAAUGUUUAUUAUAUUUUCUGAAAUAGAUGCAGGUAUGUGUAUGUUUUAAAAUUCAAAAUUAAUAUGAUCAGUACACAUAUAUGUAAACACAAACUUUUAUUAUGGAUGUG